GCAGGGAAGCAGCCAGGACCGCCCGCCAGAACCCCCACCUCUAUCAUCCUUGCCUUUCUUCACUCACAGUCUAUAUACUCAGCAUGGCGACCCAGGUUGCGAGCAGUGGAGGAGGCGGAAAUGCUACGUUCAAGGACAAGGACAAGCCUAGGGCAGUCCGGAUAGCAAACAUUGUCGCAGCGAGAGCCGUUGCAGAUGCAAUCCGAACCUCACUUGGGCCGAAAGGAAUGGACAAAAUGAUUCAAACCGGCAAAGGCGAGACCAUCAUCACCAACGACGGAGCAACCAUGUUAAACCAAAUGGCCGUAAUGCACCCCUCCGCAAAAAUGCUAGUCGACCUCGCACACGCCCAAGACAUCGAAGCCGGAGACGGAACAACCUCUGUCGUAGUAAUAGCAGGAAGCCUUUUGGGUGCAGCAGAACGGUUACUACAGAAGGGAAUCCACCCCACAGUGAUUUCGGAAGCGUUCCAAAGAGCUGCCGCAAGGGCUGUCGGGAUCCUCACAGAUAUGUCUAUCCCCAUAUCAUUGUCUGACCGGCCAACCCUGCUUAAGACAGCGACUACGGCGCUCUCCUCGAAGAUCGUGGCUCAGGAGCCAAAACUGCCUAUCAUGGCGGUGGAUUCGGUUCUGAAAGUCAUUGACCCCAAGACGGCAGAUAAUGUCGACUUGAAGAACAUCAGGAUUCUCAAGAAGCCAGGAGGAACCAUCGACGAGAGCGAGAUGAUAGACGGCCUCGUACUGAACCAGCCCGUUGUCAAGAGCGCUGGUGGUCCCACCGUGAAAGAGAAGGCAAAGAUUGGCCUGAUACAGUUCCAACUCAGCCCACCCAAGCCGGACAUGGAGAAUCAGAUUGUGGUGAACGACUACAGACAGAUGGAUAAGAUCCUCAAGGAGGAGCGGACAUAUCUGCUGAACAUGGUCAAGAAGAUCCAGAAAGCGAAGUGCAACGUCCUGUUCAUCCAGAAGUCGAUUCUGCGAGAUGCUGUUAACGACCUGAGUUUGCACUUCCUUUCGAAGCUCAAGAUCCUCGUGGUCAAGGAUAUUGAGCGUGACGAGAUUGAGUUCAUCUGCAAGAGUACCGGCUGUAAACCCAUCGCCGACAUCGACUCCUUUACCGAAGACAAACUCGGCACCGCCGACCUCGUCGAAGAAGUCCAAUCCUCCGGCGCCCGCUACGUCAAAGUGACAGGCGUCAAGACCUCGGCGCAAACCGUCUCCAUCGUCUGCCGUGGCGCAAACUCUCUCAUUCUCGAAGAAACAGAGCGCUCCCUGCACGACGCCCACUGCGCCAUCCGCUCACUCGUCAAGAAGAAGGCCCUUCUUGCCGGCGGCGGCGCCCCCGAAAUCGAAAUUGCGCACCAACUUGCCAUGGAGGCGAGACAGCUUUCAGGCACCGAGGCGAUUUGCUGGAAGGCGUUUGCGGACGCGCUUGAAGUCAUUCCCACGACGUUGGCGGAGAACGCGGGGCUCAAUAGUAUUAAGGUUGUGACGGAUUUGCGGCACAGACAUGCGCAGGGGCAGAAGAAUGCCGGUAUCAGUAUCAAGAGCGGGGGCGUGAAGAAUGAUAUCGCGGAGGAGAAUGUACUGCAACCUUUGUUGGUGAGUACGAGUGCGAUUGAGUUGGCGGCGGAGACGGUGAAGAUGAUUUUGAGGAUUGAUGAUAUUGCGCUUUCCAGGUAGAUGGGUCAGUGAGGCCUUAGAUUGGCGUCCAUUAAGAGAUGAAUCAGAUGAAUCAUCGACAAGAAAAUAUAACGGAUAGCGUGAUAACAUGAUAAUUCCACUUGAGAUAAUCCUCUUGGAAUGACU